AUUUGUUUUGCUUUUGUGAUGACAAAACAUUACAAAUAUUCAAAUACAAAUAAAAGCUGAUUGGAAUUUUUUUAUAUCAAAUACCAACCUUUAUUAAUUAUUAAGCUAUGUAAUCAUAAAAUAAAGUAGAGGUAAUCAGAAGUUCAGCUUAUAUCGAAAUGGAUUCCGAUGGGAUGGAGUUUCCCGGCCUGUAUGGAAUGGAGAAACGCAAAUGCGAUAGUGAAUAUGAAGAUGAAGCCAAAAAAGAAAUGAUGAGUAAGAAAAAAGAUAAGAAGGACAAGGAGAAAGGUUAUGCAGCUCUUGAGGGAGAAAGCUCCGAUGAAGCCAGUUCUUCUAAAGGAAAGAAACUAAAGCCAUUUAAAUUCAAAUCUAAAGAUAAAAGUAAAGAUUCAAAAGCUGAAGCUAUUAAAGUUUCCAAAAAAAAGCAAAAGACUGGAACCAAGUCAGGACCUGUUGUUGAAGAUAUUGCAGAAGCUCUACCGAUAUUUGGAGUAGCCCUUUCAGUGGCUUGCCAAAGAGCAAAAUGUCAUGAUGAAAUUAACAUACCCUUGCCUGUAAGGCAAUGUAUCAAUCACUUAGAAGAAGCGGGAUUGGCAUUUGAAAAUAUAUAUAAAGUACCAGGGUCUAAAAACCGUGUUCAGGUUUUAAAAAAGCUUUACAAUAGCAGGGUGUCUGUGAAGCUCAACCAACAUGACAUUCCGACAGUCUCUAGCCUGCUUAAGGCUUUCUUCAGGGAGCUUCCAGAACCUCUUUUAACAAAUGAGUUUCAAACCAGAUUUGAGGAAGCUGCCGCAAUCUUGAAUUAUAACACAAGACUAAAGCACUUUAAUUCACUAAUAAACAGUUUACCCCAAGAGAACAGAGAUGUUCUUACCUGGCUUGUUAUUCAUCUUUCAAAUAUUGCUAAAAAUGAGCAUGUGAAUAAAAUGUCUAGUAAUAAUUUGGCCCAAACCCUAAGUAAUUCCUUGCGCAUGUCACCAAAAUUGUUACAUGCAUUUAUUAUGCAUAGAGAUGAUUUUGCCUGGGGAUCAAUGCAAUUAGUAAAAUAUUAUCCUCCACUUGAAGCCGGAGAGCCAUACCCUGACGAUUUAAAUGAACUAAAGAAGGAGCUGGCUAAAAUUGAUUCAGCACUCACAUUGAUGCAUUGGGAGAUGCAACAAGGAUGCACUUCUCAGGCGCGACAAGAUAAAAUGUGGGAAUCUCAACGUAUUCAAACAGAUCUGAAGAGAAAAAUUAAGAAAAAGGGAACAGAAGAGGAACAGCAGACCUUUGAAAUGGAAGCAAAAAAUACUUGUGAUGUCCAAACAGGAAUUAACACAGAUAAAGAUUCGGGUCCUUGUGAAGUCACUGAGGAAAUUCAGGCACUAGAUUCUUCUAUUACAAUUGCUCAUAUAGAGUCAGGUCCGUCAAACAGCGACAAUAUGGAUGAGGAAACAGGAAAUAAUCUUCCUAUAAAUUCUGUAAAGACAAUUCUUCCAGUGGAAACUCCUGUAAAUCCUGAACCGGUGAUAUUAUGUAGCAGUAGAAAUUCCCAUGAAGCAAUAUUUAUAGGGGAAGAACAACUAGUAGAUAAUAUCAAACGAUUAAGUAUCACUCCUGAAACUAUGACAGUGAGUGAUACUACCGAUUCCGAAGAGGGAUUAUAUAACGGAGAAGAUCAACUGUCUGAUAAUAUUGUCGUAAUUUCCGUUGAUGGAAGCAGCGAUUCAGAAGAAGAAACAGCGUUUUCUCGAAGAUCGGAUAGCUUUCCCGAGACUUCCCGUCGACAGUCCUGGACGUCCGAAGAUCGCGGCGUAACUAGCUUUUUAGAAACUAAAUCGCACAUUAUGACUUUGCAAGCCAAAAAGAUGCUGUUAGCCGAUUUAAUGCGUAAUUUAAACGUCAAUAUAGCAAAAGAACAAGCUGAAGUCGAACAGUACAUGAACACGUUACAAGGCUUCUCGCCUCCAAAAUUACGAGGGAAACGACUCCCACGCUGCUUUGGAGAUCUUAGGGAUUUGUUAUACAGGGAGAACCACGUGCUUGAAAUUAAGAAAGUCGAAUUAAUUAGGAAUAUUAUGGAGGCGCGGGAGGAAUUAAUUAAUCUCGAAGCUGAACUAAUAGUCAAAAGUGAACAGUGUUACCAUUAAACUUUUCUAGAGCCUUUAAAAAGCCUUAACAAUUAUCAGUUGACAAGACUAAGUUAUAUUUUUUUAAAGUAAACUAACGGCUGGCAUAUUAUGGUCAGGCAACAAAUCACGAAGAUUUUUUCAUAAAUUGUGCGGUGUCUUAAUAUACAGGGUGACUAAACGAAACGGCGGCCAUGUCGGGCUCGUAAAGAUCUUAAACGCACACAGUUCGUAGCAUAUCGGCAGUUAUCUCUGGGUAUUCAAAUGCAUUCCUUUCGUACAAUUCUUCUAUUGCAGUUCUUCGAAGCUGGUUGGGUAGCAUAGAUUUUACUCGUUAGCUGAACCGAUAGUAAAAAAAUCCAGAGGGAAAAAAUCAGGCGGCCGCGCGGGCCAUUCAACAGUUCCAGCGAUCAGGAUAGUUCUCAUUUAAAUAAUUGAAGAUGGCUAUUGCGUAAUGAGGGGUCGCACCAUCCUCCUGAAACUAUAUUGAAAAAACAAAACCAUAUUUUGAAUAAUGUUCGUUAUUACCGGAUCGAUAGCUUUUUGUAAUAACCUGAGGUACAUACCAUCAAGAUUACCGAGUAUAAAAAAUGGUCCAAUAAUAUGAUCGCCAUAUAUGCCACACCCAAAAUUUAAUUUUUGGGAUUCUGGUCCGACCAGUAAAGGCAGCUAUGACGGUUUACAGUGCCGUUUAAGAAAAACUAACAUCCAUCUGAGAAACAAAUGUUAAACACAUAAUUCGGAUUAUUGAAUGCUCUUUCACUAGUUAUUUCACAGAUCUCCAAGCGCCGAUCAUCGUCUUUAUUUCGUAUGGGUGGAAAUCAUGAGUUUUUAAAACCCCUUGUAUACUUCCCCGAUACAGAUGCUAACUGUCGAGUGCCAUGUAAUGUAAGAUCCAUAUUAACAUGUCCCAAAACCGCAACCUCUACAGCUUCGUUCCUUACCGGUUUCUAAACAUUCCUUUUUUUAUUGGCCAGUCUGGUUUUCCUGAAUUUUUUAAUUAGUUCUGGCGUACUUUCUUUGCACGUUUCUGAUUUUCUUGCAGUAAAAAGUUCCGCUGUUCGAGCAUUUUGAUUGUUAGCAUUUGUUGAACUAGACUAAAAGUUUGACAAAGCAUUGCGAUUUAAUAAGUAUUAAAAUAGUCAAUAGUUUGAAAACCGCUGAAGUAAAAUCCUUUAAACUAAGUACAGCCGUAAAGAGAAUCGAAAGACCUUUGAAACAAGGUAUACCUCGACCCACUAUUCCAUUUAAAACUUUUGAGGUUAAUUCCACCCCGGCUUAGGAAUGACAGAUGGAGGUGGUAUUCCACUCUGAAAAUGUUUUCCCCUGGUAAUUUAAAUUGACGUAUCCGAGCGUUUUCUUAUUAAAUCUUUACGAGCCGGACAUGGCCGCUGUUUCGUUUAGCCACCCUGUAUAAGACAAACGCAUGGUUGCUAUGCUUUUUAGAGCUUAAAUUUAAACGAACCCGAAAGGAAGCUACGAAAGAAAGGAUAAUCAGCAAUAUGGCAAUCAAGCACGCAUUCCAACAUUUUAUUCAAUUUGGUUUUUUGUUAUUUUAAUAGUACAUCAAAAAUAAUUUUAAAUUACACCAAAAAAAAAAUUAAUUUAAGUUUUUUGACAGUUUAAUAAUUUUCACUUAUGUUUUGUAAAUAGACGACGAGUUGCCUCUGAUCGCUUUUUUACAAGAUAUUUUUUUUUAUGAAUUUAAUAUUACUCAUUGCCAAAAAGUAUUUAAACUAGGGAAGUGGCUGUGUUGCUCGAGGGAAUUUUCAGAGAAAUCAACAAUCAGUUACAUUUGACAUUACACCAGACCUACAAAGAGAAAUGUAAACCAGCAGUAAAGGGUCAUAUUUCCCUUUUCAUUUAAUUAAUGUUGUUUGGAUUUCCCUGAAAAAUAUUGUACUUGUUAAAUUAGUUUUAAGGGUAUUCAUGCGUAUUUCCUGUUGUCAAUUUUAAAAUGUUAUAUAUUUAAUAUAAUAUGUUUUAAAACAUA